AAACAGAACCGUAAGUCAGUUUUCUCCUCCGUUUCCAACCUCAAAUUUCCUCUCUUUUCUCUACAAUUUCCUUCCUUCAUCUCCUCCUUCCCUUCUCAAUUUGGCAGGCUGUAUUUCUUCCACCAUUGUUCUUCUGCGUUUUGCAAAGUUUGGAUUGUUGCGAAGGCAUGUCCCCAGCUGCAGUUGAGAAGGAGAACCCGUCCUCUUCCGUCGUUUCUCAGGGAUCUGUUCAUGAAGAUCGACGUUUUGCUAAUCUCAGAGGCGUUCGAUGGCGUAUACAUCUCGGGAUUUUGCCGUCGUCUUCUUCAAUUGAUGAUCUCCGGAGGGUAACGGCUGAUUCUCGCAGAAGAUAUGCCACCUUGAGAAGGCGCCUCCUAGUAGAUCCCCAUAUCUCAAAGGAUGGAAGUAAUUCCCCUGAUCUUGCCAUGGAUAAUCCACUCUCACAAGACCCAGACAGCACCUGGAGUCGCUUCUUUCGGAAUGCUGAGUUGGAGAAAAUGGUUGACCAGGAUUUAUCUCGAUUAUAUCCAGAGCAUGGGAGCUAUUUCCAGACACCUGGAUGCCAAGGGAUGUUAAGACGGAUUCUUUUGUUGUGGUGCCUUAGACACCCUGAGUAUGGUUAUAGACAAGGAAUGCAUGAACUCUUGGCACCUUUGCUGUAUGUUCUUCAUGUUGAUAUUGAGCGUCUUUAUGAAGUUCGAAAACUUUAUGAUGAUCAGUUCACUGACAAGUUUGAUGGCUUAUCAUUUCAAGAAAAUGAUAAUACAUACAGUUUUGAUUUCAAAAAGUUUUUAGAUUCCAUUGAAGAUGAUCUUGGUUCUCAAGGGAAUUCAAAAAAGGUUAGGAGUCUUAAUGAGCUUGAACCUGAGAUACAGAAUAUUAUAUUGCUUACUGAUGCCUAUGGGGCUGAAGGUGAACUUGGUAUCGUCUUGUCUGAGAAAUUUAUGGAACAUGAUGCCUACUGUAUGCUUGAUGCUUUGAUGAGUGGGGCACAUGGUUCGGUUGCCAUGGUGGAUUUUUUUACUCCAUCACCUCCAGCUGGAUCCUGCAGUGGCUUACCCCCUGUCAUUGAGGCCUCAGCUGCAUUCUAUCAUUUGUUGUUUGUUGUUGAUUCAUCAUUACACUGCCACCUCAUUGAACUCGGUGUUGAACCCCAAUAUUUUGCACUUCGCUGGUUGAGAGUUUUAUUUGGACGAGAGUUUUCACUUCAAGAUCUCUUGAUAAUAUGGGAUGAGAUAUUUGUAGCAGACAAUACUAAACUGGUUAACAGUGCUGAAGAUGAUUUAGGUUCCAGCUUUAAAAUACUUAGUUCACCUCGGGGAGCAUUGAUCUCAGCCAUGGCAGUUUCAAUGAUACUUUACAUAAGAUCUUCCUUGCUUGCUACUGAGAAUGCAACAUCCUGUCUCCAGAGGCUCCUAAAUUUUCCUGAGAACAUAAACCUGAGAAAAAUUAUAGAGAAAGCAAAGUCUCUUCAGGUUCUUGCAUUGGAUGUUAAUGUAUCAUCCUCAUCUUUCCCAUUUAAUGGGGCAUAUAACCACAGCAAAUCAGUGGUACCAAGAAGUCUUAACCUUCCAUUGGAUCCAGUUUCUCCAAAAACUCCUCUAAGUGUGGUACCUGAUAGCUAUUGGGAAGAGAAAUGGAGAGUGGUGCACAAGGCAGAAGAGCAGAAGCAAGGUAGUUUAGAAAAACAAAAUUCAAGCCGGAGAAAAGGGUGGUCAGAAAAAGUAAGAUUGCGCCUAUCCAGAACAGAAUCUGACCCUUCUUCAUCAAGGGUUGAGAAUGGCAAAGGGGACCAUAGGUUAUCCAUGCGGCGAAGUUUGCUUGAAGAUCUGUCACGGCAACUUGGCCUUGAUGAACAAGGUGAAAAGGUAGGCUCCCAUGAAGUUUCUAGCCAAAAGGACCAAAAUUCUGUAGAAGCUCAGGUGGAGGGGCAUGAUGGUGUUAGCGAAGAGUUCACUUGUACAGCUGAAGAGAGAUGUCCAAGUGGGAAUGUUGUCAGUGAUGAAAACUCAUCUACAUUUUCAGACCCAACAAGCGCUGCUAGUGGCACUAAUGACCAGGAAAAUGACUCAGAGAAAAGUAGUGUUGCAUCAAAUUUGUUCAUUGAUGAAAAUGAUGAUCAUUCGUACAACAAUGUGGAAGAUUCACCUCUUCCAGUUUCCAUUCCUCCUGAUGGUGUCUGUCCAAAUUCUCCAGACAAGAAUGAUUCUACAGGAAAAGCAGAAGCAGGGUUGAAGGAUCGGAAGCUUCUACCUGGCAAAUUCCAGUGGUUUUGGAAGUUUGGACGAAGUUCAGUUAAUUACGAGACAUCUGAGAAAGGAGGUGGUACUCAUGAGGUUGCUGAAUCUGCAGAUGGUGAAAUUAAUAAGAGGAAUGAAAUAGACUCUUCCACUGCUGAUGUUUCUCUUAGUUCAUCUUCCAGCAGCAAAGGAGAAGUUGUGGACCAGAAUGUGAUGGGAACUUUGAAGAAUCUUGGGCAGUCUAUGCUUGAACACAUUCAGGUUCUUGAGUCUACUUUCCAGCAAGACCGGGGUCAGGGGUCAUUGGAGAACUUCUCUAAAAACGUUCUUGUUGGCAAAGGACAGGUUACUGCCCUUACAGCUCUAAAGGAGCUUCGGAAGAUCAGCAAUCUUUUAUCAGAGAUGUGAGGUUUCAUCCAUUUAUGUAUACAUGUAUAUACUUUUUGUAAUUUACCAUUUUUUUAGCCCAAAAUAAAUUAAGUUUUGACAGCUUCCAAAUUUUGUAAACGAGGGUUGUUCCAUGAUCCUGCGAAGAUUUAAAUGCUCAUAAUAAUUUUGACAACUCAUC